ACUGCCCCAGAUACUGAGCUCGCAUCUGUUUAGUAGUCACCAUCUGCCAGAUACUGUGUUUCACCUGCACAUUUUCUUAUUUACUACACAAGCCUGGAAUGGGUCAUCUUAAACCCCAAGUACCUGAUUAGCGCAUCAUUCCAGUUGCAAAGCUGAAACUGCCAGGGGUUUUAUCUACUUGACCUACUGAUUUCCGAUUUUGAGAUCAAGGGAAGACUUCUUUACACGCUGCUGCGAUGUCUGUAUCUAAUCUAUCUUGGUUGAAGAAAAAGUCCCAGUCUGUGGAUAUUACUGCUCCAGGGUUCAAUCCUUUGGCUGCCGCAGGAAAGCAGACACAAGCCAGUAAGCCCCCUGCACCCAAGACCCCCAUCAUUGAAGAAGAGCAGAACAACACAGCCAAUCCCCAGAAGCACCCUUCCCGGAGGAGUGAACUGAAGAGGUUCUACACCAUUGACACUGGCCAAAAGAAGACCCUAGACAAGAAAGAUGGGAGACGAAUGUCUUUUCAGAAACCUAAAGGGACUAUUGAAUACACUGUUGAAUCAAGGGAUUCGUUGAAUAGCAUAGCCCUGAAGUUUGAUACAACACCCAAUGAACUUGUUCAACUGAAUAAGCUAUUUUCCCGAGCAGUUGUUACUGGACAGGUUUUAUAUGUUCCUGAUCCUGAAUAUGUCUCCAGUGUUGAGAGUUCUCCAUCUCUAAGCCCCAUAAGUCCUCUGUCACCAACAUCCUCUGAGGCUGAAUUUGAUAAGACUAGUAAUCCUAAUGUAGUCCACCCAAAAGAAGCAACUCCCACAUCUGCUUUUACUGGUAUUCGACCUGCGCGAGUUGUGUCUUCAACUUCUGAGGAAGAAGAAGCAUUCACUGAGAAAUUUCUUAAAAUUAAUUGCAAAUAUAUAACAAGUGGCAAGGGCACAGUCAGUGGUGUGCUGCUAGUUACACCAAAUAAUAUAAUGUUUGAUCCACAUAAAACUGACCCUUUGGUUCAAGAGAAUGGCUGUGAGGAAUAUGGCAUCAUGUGUCCAAUGGAAGAGGUGAUGUCAGCUGCAAUGUACAAAGAAAUUUUGGAUAGCAAAAUAAAGGAAUCCUUACCCAUAGAUAUAGAACCAUUAUCAGGAAGGGACUACUGCCAUUCAAAGAAAAUUAAAGGAGGUAGUACUGAAGAGGUAGACUCCCGAAUCCGCGAUGCAGGUAAUGAUAGUGCCAGCACUGCUCCUCGGAGCACUGAAGAAUCUCUUUCUGAAGAUGUGUUCACAGAGUCAGAACUGUCUCCCAUAAGGGAAGAACUUCUGUCUUCAGACGAGCUGCGAAAGGAUAAAUCAUCUGGUGCAUCCUCAGAAUCUGUGCAAACUGUCAUUCAGGCUGACGUGGGAUGUUUGUCAGUCAAGGCAGAGUCCACUAGUGCUCCUGGUCCCUUCACAUCUGAUUCUGGACAUUCCACAAAUGAAGUUGUGACUUUAUCUAAUAAAACUGAUUUAAAUAAUCGUGAAAUGGCUACUAAAGAAGAUCAGACUACAGACAAAUUUCAAGAAAUACCAGACCCUAAAGAACAAAGCACAAAUAGGAAAGGCAAUGCAGAUCAAGAUUUUUUUCAUGAUGAGAAUUCAUUACACCAGGAAGAGGAUGAAAAAGAAAAUAUGCCUUGUGGAGAAGCAGCAGAAUUUAAACAAAAGCAAACUAUUAACAAAGGAAAACAGGGGAAGGAGCAAAAUCAGGACUCAGAGACUGAAGUAGAAGAGCUACGCAAACUCUGGAAAAGUCAUUCUAUGCAACAAACCAAACAGCAAAGAGAAAACAUUCAACAUGUGUCACAAAAAGAAACUAAGCAUAAAAUUGCAUCUCCUGAUGGACAUGUAGAAAGUUCUGCAAUUUUAAAAGAAAAGCGAAGACAUCGGUUACACAAGUUCUUAUGUCUCAGAGUUGGAAAACCAAUGAGGAAAACAUUUGUAUCACAAGCUAGUGCUACAAUGCAACAAUAUGCACAGAGAGAUAAGAAACAUGAAUAUUGGUUUGCUGUGCCACAAGAAAGGACAGACCACUUGUAUGCCUUCUUCAUUCAGUGGAGUCCAGAAAUAUACACAGAGGAUACUGGUGAAUAUUCCCGAGAACCUGGAUUCAUAGUAGUUAAAAAGAUUGAAGAGUCUGAAACAAAUGAGGAUUCUACUAAUGAAGCAGCGGCCAGAGAAUGGGAGGUAGUGUCAGUGGCUGAGUAUCACCGCAGGAUCGAUGCUCUAAAUACUGAAGAACUGCGCACACUCUGCAGACGUCUCCAGAUUACUACAAGGGAAGACAUUAAUUCAAAGCAGGUUGCUCCAGCGAAAGCAGACCUGGAGUCUGAAUCUUUUCGACCAAACCUAAGUGAUCCCAGUGAACUCUUACUGCCAGAUCAAAUUGAAAAGCUUACCAAGCAUCUUCCACCAAGAACCAUUGGAUAUCCAUGGACUCUUGUUUAUGGCACUGGGAAGCAUGGUACAAGCUUAAAGACCCUUUAUCGAACAAUGACAGGUUUAGACACCCCAGUGCUGAUGGUGAUUAAAGAUAGUGAUGGACAGGUUUUUGGUGCAUUAGCAUCCGAGCCUUUUAAAGUGAGUGAUGGCUUUUAUGGUACAGGAGAGACCUUUGUUUUUACAUUCUGUCCAGAGUUUGAGGUCUUUAAGUGGACAGGAGAUAAUAUGUUUUUUAUCAAAGGAGACAUGGAUUCACUAGCUUUUGGUGGUGGAGGAGGAGAAUUUGCCCUUUGGCUUGAUGGAGAUCUCUACCAUGGAAGAAGCCAUUCUUGUAAAACAUUUGGAAAUCGUACACUUUCAAAGAAGGAAGAUUUCUUUAUCCAGGACAUUGAGAUCUGGGCUUUUGAAUAAAUGCAGUGUUCUCUGUCUUAGCAGGAUAAUGGCCCAAACCUGAUGUGGACAAGCAUCGUUUGGAAAGUUCAUGAAGCAAUACAAUGUAACAUGUCACUUGUGCUUUAAAAUUAGUCUGCAUCACCUUUUUUUAUUGCUAUAAUUUUGGUGUUAUUUUCAAAUCAUGUUUGUGUUCCAGAGUUCUUUAAGGUUAGACCAUGGCCUGGUUCUGUGUAGUCUACUGGUUUGGGUUUUUUAAGAAAUUUGGCAGUAUUUUGAUCAUAGUGACCACCUCAUUUUCAAUUCAUGUUAGCGUAGUCUCCUAAUAGGAUGGUGCUCUUUUGUUGAACCUCUUUUGUUGUUUUGUUUUGUUUUAAUUAUUUGACUAGAGCAGUCUAAUUGGGAGUUUGAGGACAUGAAAUCCAGAUACUUGUGUGUCUGUGAGGUUGGUAAAGGUAACAUUUGUACAUGCCCAUUUUGGGAAAGAAAAGCCACAUGCCAAAAUAAUAUGUAUUCUGUAACUACUGAGUUGUAGAGUUUUGAUUUACACUACAGCAUUCUCUUUAUUAAUUUUGCAGAUAUUCUCAGUUUCAUUUUAUUAAAAAUGAGAUUUGAGGAGGACAGACCACACAGUGCACAAGAUCUGCAGGUUUGGGCACAUGCUUUCAUCAUUGAAUUAUCUGAUAAAGAGUUAUAAAGUGACAAAGGAGAAUGAGAACUUAAUGAUUCUAUUGGUUUUAAUAUAUUAAGAAAAUAUUUACAUACUGUAGCUUAGUGUAGGGCAUUAUCAUAAGUACAAAACUAUGAAACAUGCAUAUUUCUUCAACAUACUGUGUCAAGUAUACUAUUUUAUAGUUUUGUUGUUUUAGCCUUGUUGCACACCAAUUCCCAAAAUUUAGGUUAUUCCUGUUCAAAAGGAAAACAAAAUCUUGUGUUUUUUUUUUUUUUGAGUGGUAUGUUAUUAAUUACCAUUAGCAUUUGCUCUUAUAAAAGGGCAAUGAUUAUAGUAAACAAUAUUGUAACUCAGUAGACUUGUUGAAUAUGCAAACUUACUGUCAAGUGACCUCAAAAAAAAAGAAAAGAUAGAAUACAUUGUAGUUCUUAUCCUCUUUUGUAGGAAAUCAGUAGAUAAGCCAUUGUGCAAUAAUUCUUCAGUUAAAUUUCAAAGCUUCAUGUUAUGCAAAAAAAGAAAAUCCUGCUGUUAUCCACGUUGACAGUGACUUUGUGCUGAAAUUUCAGCUAUUCCAGAUAAACAUUGUAUAUGUUGUAAAUUAAUGUUUAAAGGUAGUUUUGUUCUUAUAGAAAAUGUUGAUUGCCAGAUUGCUUAUAGCACUUUAAAUUAUUCUUAAAAUGAUAUUAUAAGCCAAAUAUGUUGGCUUAAUUAGUUUUAGUUGUAUAGCAUUUGAAUAUAUUUAGUUCUUUUGAGAAUUUAGCUAUAAUUAUCUAAAGAAAACAUAAUGCUAAUGGAAAAGAACAUCUGAUGUUCUGUUAUAAUAUGCUAUUGCUGAAUACAAAUAGAAAUACAGGGCAUCAUAUUCUUGUCUAUGUAAAACUCUCAUAACAAGUUAGUAACAGCAUAUAGAUUAAAUGUUUACAACAUAGGGAAUUGUAAAUAAAUUUAUCAGUUCUUCCUCCCCCCCACCCUUGGUCUUCCACAGCAGUAUUAUUGUCUUUGUGGAGAUGAUUAAUCAUUAAAAAAAAUCCUGUAAUGGAUUUCAGCUACAAUAAGGUCAUAGUGCUAUAUUUCAAAUAAAAUUAAAU